UCAGUUCUCGGGCAGGUGUCAAGCGACGUACACGCGAAACGCCGACGCGGUCACAGUUCCAGAAUAUCAUAUACAUGCUAUAUAUGCUCGAGUGGCUAAUUAACAUACGCGUUCCGCCCCGUCUCUUUACCUGAACCUGAGCUGUCUGGAAUACACUCAUCCACAAUAUUUUGGGGAAGCGAGUACAAAGUCACAACACAAUAUUUUGAAACAUACUCUCCGACAUAUAUAUUUGUGUAUGCAAAAACGGAUCGCCAUGCUGGAUCCCAUUUCGGACACACCGCUGGUCUUGGCCUACGUAUUUAUGUCGCUGCUAGUGCUCAUUCUGUGCUUCAUUUUCUUCAAUGUGGUCCACAAGCUGUAUCGCAGUCUCAACAGCGAGGUAUCAGCGGUUCCGAUAUCCACCGCACAGCCGCUGAAGACCUCCAUCAUGGAGCUAGACGCCAUGAAAACCGGUUAGGAUGGGCGCAGCGGCAGAGGCAGCAGCACCAGCACCAUCACCAGCAGCUGGCUAUGAGAGGCGCGAGAAUCUCAGUGCGACGUCGGAGCUCCGGUUUUAAUUCGGGCGUUCGGAGCACGAGACGCAGCAGCUGCAAACCACCCACUCGCACGGCAAAAAAUGUUAGACGCCUGUUGAUACAUAUAUAAACAAAAAAGCAAUUAGACAUAAAUACACGAAACUAGGCUUACGAGUAGAAAUUAACUAAAUUUAACGCUGGUCCUCUAGUCAAUUAAUUGUUUGAUUUUGCCCUAAGGUUAGGUUACAUGUACAUUGAUAUUGUAAAUAAAGUGACUUGAACGAUA